GUGCCUUGCCUGCCCCCCCAACCCAGACUGAAUUAACUUGUAGUGGGAAAUGGAAUCAAACGUUGUGGAUCCAAGGAUAUUGUCUGUAGCUGCUGAGGUUACAGAAAGCCCUGAACAAAAUGUUCCUGUUAUAUUGUUGAAAUUAAAAGAAAUUAUAAACAGUGCCCCUUUGGGAAGCUCAGAAUUAAAGAAGAUUAAGCAGGACAUUUAUUGCUAUGACCUCAUUCAGUAUUGCCUAUUGGUCCUUAGAAAAGAUGGUGCCAAAAUCCAAGGCGGUUGGUUGACUAUUUCCCAGCUUGCACAAAUAUUAAGCCAAUGCUGUGUGGGCUUGGAGCCAACUGAAGAGACAGAAGAGUUUUAUAAUAAUUUGCUUCCUUCAGCUGCAGAUAAUUUCCUAAUUUUAGGGAGGCGAUUGCAAAAGUGUUACAUCAGUGCAGUUAAGGAUGAAGAAAAAGAUGAAUUCUUGUGGCAUUUCCAAAGUGUGAUAGACUCUCUGUGCUGGUUACUAGGAGGGCAUAUUCAGCUCACUAAAUAUGUACUACAAAGUGAUCAUUUUUUACAUUUGUUGCAAACUGAUGAUAUUAAAACAGGAUCUGCAAUCAUGACUGUAUUACAGAACAUGCUACAAGUCAAAAGCGGAGACUUGCUUACAAUAAAAGAAAAAGUCCUUCAUUCUAUUUUAGAUGAACUUAUUUUUAAGCUUUCAUCUUCAACUAGUCUUGUUAUUGGAAGUGUUGCCAUAAAACUAUUGCUGUUGAUGGCCAGUUCUCAUCCAGAAAUAAUUAUGCUGCUGAGUAGCCGGUAUACAGGACUUAAAAGCAUGCUAAAUAAGCAGUGGUCUGGGAAAGAAAUUGACCAAGAAGUUAAACAGCUGUUCAGUCUCUUACAUUCUGAAGUCUGCCAUGAAGAUCAGAAAUGUUAUCAAGCAGCUUGCAAGAUCCAGGCUUCAUGGAAGGGUUUCCAGACUAGAAAGAGAAUGAAGAAACUUCCAUAUGCAGUGACUACUUUGCAGAGAAAUUUUAGAAAUAAACGAGAAAAACGGCUACUGAAACUAAAGAAGCAGAAAGAAGAAGAGGACCUCAGGUUACAGUUGCAACUUCAAAGACAAAGAGCCAUGAGAAUAUCCCGGGAGUGUCGGCUAAAUUUACUAGAAAUAGUUCAUCCAGGUCAGAUGGGAAAAUACAUCCAAGAAAUGGAGGAAAAAUCUGCACUAAUUAUCCAGAAAUAUUGGCGGGGAUACAGAGAGAGGAAAAACUUUUGUCAACAAAAGCAGUCUCUAAAGGAGUAUAAAGCAGCCGUCAUCCUUCAGAGAGCAGCUCUUACAUUCUUAAGAAAAUGCCAUAAGAAAAAGAAAAUGUCUUAUUCCUGGCAAGGACUCCCAGGACUCACUGAUGCACGUAGGAUGGAACUAAAGCAACAUGUGGACAAUUACAUCAAACGGCACUCAGCCUCUGAAAUGUCCCACAUGGCCAGCAGGGAACUCCACACCCAGGCUCAAGAGCGGCUAGGGCACUACUUCCUAGGGAGGGCCCUAGAAGAGCGAGCACAACAGCGAAGGGAAGCUUUACAAGCUCAGAUCAGUACCAACAUUGAGCAGCUGAUGAGUGCACCAAAUCUGAGGGAAACUACGGGACAGGAGCCUGAACUCUUCAUAAGCAGGUCUCGGCCUGUGGCCACUAGAGCCAAGCAAGCCCACCUUGCCACACUAACAGAGAGACAAGCACCUUGGUGGAAGAAACUUGAGGAUGAGGUUGGAGAUGAAGAAGUUAUCCCAAAGGAAACUCUCAGUAUAGAUUUGGAAAGCUUAUUUAUUGGUGGAAGCAAAUCUCCCUAGGAACUUGGCCAGAACACUAGUCUUAAGAGCUCUCAUAAGGACAGUAUUCUGGUGAGAUCCAUCAGUUUAGAUAUGCCAAGAUUUGGGUAAUCCUUUGGUCUCCAUAAGUCCCCUUCCUUGAGCUCCCUCAAAUAAGGCUGGUUCUAUAUUUUAAAGAGAUGCCCAAUUUUUACCUCUAGAAACUUUUCUCAAUUUUCAUUUCACUUCUCCUUUAUCAUGAAUACCAAGGUAGAUUGGUGACCCUUCCUGUGAAAUUAAACACAGAUUGAUACUGUAUUUAUGUGCAGGGCAAUUUUUUAAAAGAUUAUACUUUUUUAGUAAUUCUGAAAGAUUUGACAGAAAGAUCAAUCAUUUUUCAGUUCUGUAAUUUGGAAUUCUUAAUUUUCCAUUAAAAAUAGACAUUAGGAAAAAUAAUUUUCUAAAUUUUUGUAGAAUAACCACAUAUUUUUACAUCUCUCUUUUUUUCCCCUCAAUGAUUGUUUUUUCAUACUUAAUGUUGUGAUAAGGAUUUUAUUUAGUUUCAAUAAGAGCAGGUUUUAGGUCAGAGAAAAAGUUUUGACUUUUAUGUUGUCCCCUUUAAGAGGGAGGAACAGAGAGAAGCUGGCUGCUGGCUCUUUAAAGAUACAGCAUAAAACUGUAAGGAUAAGUAAUAAGGGAUAGAGAGAAAUUCAUAGAUUUUCUCUAAGAAGAAAGGAGGAGAAUUUAGAUACAAACCCUGGGAGAAGAUUCUGGAAGGAGAGGAGGAUCUUGGGAGUUGACUGUAACUAUCACUCCUGAUCUAGCUUUCCACUGAGCUAGAAGGAAGAUCUUUUGCUCUGGCAUUCUCCUUGGAAAAAUAAUGUUGUGGAAAGAUUAGGGAUUCCUGGGUUGGAGAAUUGCCUUGGAGUAGACUGCCUUUUCCCUGGAGUAUGGAGAUCAACUUGUCUAAGAUCAAACAGUCAGAGAUCAAUUUGGCUAUGGUAAUCCCAAGGGUUUUGUCCUCUGGGACUCUGGGUUACCUAGGAAGCCAACCCCAGGCUUGAGAGGGGAUUCAGGCUAACAGCGGGUCUUUUCUCCUCUGCCUUCUUAAAGACAAUCUGGGUAGUUAGAUUAGCAGAUAGUCCGAUAGCAUUGGAGUUUUAGAUAAGAACUGGCAGAGCCUACAGAAGAAACAAAGGGUGACCUCUUACUAGGUGUUUAGAAGUUGGGUUGAGUCUAGAUUAGAAGUGUUAGGACCCUAAUUACCCUUUUGUCUUACUCCAAUUAUCAAAAUAAACUUGGUUUCUAAAG